AUGUGUUACGGUCGUGCUUCUUCAGGAUAUGAUCAUCAUCAUGAUGAUGAUAUAAUAGACGAGCUAAGAACAAGCAUACCGGUUCAGCUUAAGAUCAAUAAUGGGAAAAAUAAUGUAGAUAGCUAUCACAUUGAGGAGGUGGAAGAAGAAGAUGAAGAUGAUUUAUCUGAAGAAGCAUUAUUAGCUCAAAUGGGAGGAAGUCGCGAGAAAGAAGGAAGACCAGCAGAGGAAUGCCGGGUUUCAUGGGGUCCGGAUGUGUACGAUCCGCCCUGCACAUCUGACGAUCAUUUUGCAGCGAGCAAGAACGAUAGGCACAGGGUCGAGCAGAAGGGCAAGGGCACGUCUGGGAGGAACAGGCAAAAGGGAAGUGGAAGCGAAGGAGGCAGCAGCAGAAAGGCAGCUGGAGGGAGUAAGAGUAAGAAAAAGGCUGAGAAGAAACAUAAGAAGCAGGGCUCUGAUCCUAAUUAG